UUUCUACAUUGACCCAUCAUUAUUUAGAUAUUCAAAAGAAAAGAUAAACAAAUUGAAUAAAACAUUAAUAAAAACGGUUAUAAAAGGAAUAUGAAAACUCCCGCGAAUUUCCAAGUUAAGAAGAAGACCAAAUUUCCCUCCAUCCCAAACAAUCCCUUCCCCUUCUCCCUCAAUCUUCUCAAUCCCAUCACCAUUAAUCCUUCCAACAAUCUUCCCAAGCAAAGCAUCAAUUUUCUCUUCCAAUUAUACAUAUAUAUAACCCUAAUCCCAAUCUUAAUCCUACCCACAAUCCCAUUAACUUCUCCAACUCAAACACAAUAUCUUGCUAAAAGAAAAAAAAAAUCAAUCUUUUUCCAAUUUUCUCAUCUCGAAAAAUGGCUUCGGAACAAGCCCCUCUUGAAUCCCCAUUACGCCUUUCAAAGUACUCGAAAAGGGUCAUCUUGAAAUCCAUCGUAAGUCGGUCGGAUGGCGGCUUAGGAUUGGUCGGGCAGAGAGUAGUGGUCGGAGGAUGGGUUAAGUCCUCUCGCGAGUUUAGAAAAGAGCCUUUGCCGACGGUGCAGCCAGCUCAUAAUAUUGGAGGGACUAGAGAUUUCACGUGUGUUGAAGUUCUUCAAAGUAAGCUCCCGUUUUUUCGAUCCAUCAUUAAAGUUUUUGGUGGGGAAACCCGUAAUUUACGCGACAAAUUGGACGCUAUUAUCCCUAAGCCGCCACCACAACCCUCGAUUUCGAUCUUGCAAGUUAGCGAUGGAUCUUGCGUUUCUAGUCUUCGGAUCUUGGUGGAUUCAUCGAUGGCUCAUCCGAGUCACGUAAUGCCGACCGGAAGUUGUAUAUUAGUCGAAGGAAUAUUGCAAAAACCAUCUCUAGAUAAUAAAGAAGUAAUCGAGCUCAAAACCGAAAAAGUUCUUCACAUCGGCACAGUCGAUCAAGAUAAAUACCCUUUAUCCAAGAAACGCUUGCCCCUCGAAUCACUGCGCGAUUCCACCCAUUUUCGACCACGCACAACAACGGUGGCAUCCGUGAUGAGAAUAAGAGAUGGGCUAACACAAGGAAUAUAUACAUUCUUUCAAGAAAACGGAUUCGUAUACGUGCAAGUGCCGAUAAUCACUAGCAUAAACAAUUGUGAGGGAUUAGGUAAUAAAAAUUUCCAAGUGACGACCCUUUUGUUAGAUGAUCAAGAAAAGGACGAGUACAAAACCGAAGGUGUAAAACUCGAAACUAUAAAGGCUUCCAUUAAAGAAAAAACGAAGAAAAUCGAAGAACUCGGAAGAACAGAGAGCAAUAAAGAAGCUCUUGCUGUUGCUAUUCAUGACCUAAAGAAAACAAAUGAGUUAGUUUCGCAGUUGGAAGCUAACGAACAAAGGCAAAAACAUGGGGGCAAAAUUGUCCAAAAAAGUGAUGAUUUCUUUUCUAGCAAGAUGUAUUUAACGGGCUCGGGAAGAAUGCAUUUGGAAAGCUACGCUUCUGCCCUUGGGAAUGUUUACUCUUUCGGGCCGAGGUUUCGUGCGGAGAGAUCCGAUUCGAGGAAAUUGUUGGCCGAGAUGUGGUCGGUUGAGAUCGAAAUGGCUUUCUCCGAAAUUGAGGAUUCUAUGGAGUGUGCAAUUGACUUCUUGAAGUUUAUUUGCAAAUGGAUAUUGGAAAAUUGCACCGAAGAUCUGAAAUUCGUCUCUAAACGUGUCGAUAAGCUUGUGGUGGAUCGACUUCAAUCGAUCGCAUUAGGACCAAUUGAAAAGAUUUCUUACACAGAAGCAGUUGAAGUUUUGAAGCAGGCGCCGGAGGGAAAAUUCGAGACGAAAGUCGAAUGGGGUGUUACUCUUAACGAAGAACAUGAAAGCUACUUAACAGAAGAAAUAUACAAGAAACUUGUCAUUAUAUACAACCAUCCGAAAGAAACGAAGCCGUUCUAUGUUCGUUCCAACGACGACGGAAAAACAGCUGCAGCUUUCGAUGUAAUUCUACCAAAGGUUGGAGCUCUGAUAAGAGGUAGCCAAAACGAAGAACGCUUUAAUAUGUUAAUCACAAGGAUGAAGGAGUUGGGUGUGAAGAAAGAGGAAUAUGAGUGGUACUUAGAUCUGAAAAAGCAUGGAGCUGUAAAAUGCAGUGGAUUCAGCUUUUUGUUUGAUCCAUUGGUUCUUUAUGCAACUGGUCUUAAUGAUGUUAGAGAUGCUGUUCCAUUUCCCAUAAGUUUUGGGAAAGCUAACAAUUAAGCUGUAUUAAAAAAGUUGUAAUAAAGUUUCUAUUACAUUACACACACACACACACAUUAUUUGUACUUAUGUAGAUAGCAAAUUGUGACAAUAAAUCCCAAUGGGAUAUCCUUGUAUAUACAGUGUGUGUGUGUGUGUACUGAUAUAUACAAUGAAAUGAAGAUUUGGUUAACA